CGUCAAAGCAUCCAAACAGAGCUUGGUCCUUCAAAGAGGAACAUGAAUUCAAGAUCGACGCUUUUGUACAAUUACUUGUGGUCAAGGCGACACCCCUUUUGUGAUCUGAGUGGGUCCAUCACUGCGUGUAUGACUUUAUAGGUAGCUUCGUAGUUGUCCUGAGUCUACGGUCUCAUCUCUCACGGCAAUAAAUCUCACUACAUUCACCAAGACGAAAUUUCACCCCAUUAACAAUGUCAUUUUCGGAUAACAAGAGCAACAUUUCCUCUACGCUCAUGAAGUCGAACAAAGGGGACGAUUUCAGAGCUUAUGCGUCUAACUCACUCUUCGUUGCGGCACAACUCCAAUCUCGACCUCUGAAACAAUAUGGCUUCAAAUCCGUUCCCGAUGAAGUGCAUCGCGAGAUUUCUUUACUACCUUCAGAUCUCCCCACUAGGCCUAAUACUCCCUCGGGGGAUGAUCAACCGCGACCACAAGCUUUUGGAUUUGGGAAUUCUGGUCACAAUCCUUUCAAUAUGACGCUAUCAUCCCAAUCUCAACACGCUCAGAAAUACUACUCCCCCGGCAAUUCUAGUUGGUCUAUGCUUGACCUUUCCGACGAAAGUCGGACAUCACAACAGAAACAAAAACUGGAAGAACAAGGACAGCCGAUGAGUUGUGAUUCGUCUUUCGUUCUGCCGACAUACAAUAGAGAGGAGAACAGCUUCAUGGAUGUGGAUGUCUUACCGGGGCAACAGCAGAACCAAUCGCAAUUCCAGUCAAUGUAUACGCCAAGCCAGGACUUCACCCAUUCGACAUUUUCGCAGCCACAUGAAGCGUCGGUAGAACCUGUUAUCAUGAUGUUGAACUCGCUAGAGCCGCAACCCUCCUUCUGGAAAGCUAUCGAGAUGGACGUGAGAGCCUUUCCUCGUCCUAACCUUCGAGCUGGUCUCGUUUUCCCAACGAAACGUGAUGCAUCUGCUAAUACCCCUCUGGGUGGUAGUGGUAAUGUCUAUACAUCGCAAGGCACCAGAUUAAACAAGCCUGAUAUUACGAAGGCCUCGGCGAGCAAAAAUGAACGAUGGCGCCGACUUUUUCAAUGCACAUCGAAAUGUCGUAUCAACGUCUUUACCUAACAUGACACGAGAAAUUCUCAGCAAGAGUCAUCAUAACAAUGCCUUCCUACUAUGUUAGUAAUUUAAUGCAGGUACACUGAUUCGCAGCUGCGAACCCGCACAUCCGACGUCGUCUCAUUCAAAGUGUACUUCAAGGAGGCCAUUUCGCCAGCACACGGCUCGAUCUUGUUACCUUAA